AUGCGGAUACCGGCCCAGCUCUGGACGACAGUCCUCUUUACCGGCCUCUCGUCUGCUGCAAACAUCGUAUAUGUCACUGAUCUCGCCAUAUACACGUUACUGGCACCAUGUGCCCAGACUGCCCUCUCUUACAACAUCUUCUCCCAGACCUACUCGGCCUGCGGUGAAGCCCCCACCGACUUGCAGUCAUGCAUCUGCACAAAGAACAACAACCUCGCAGCCAUCUCGACGUCCAUCUCCAAGUCGGUCAGCUACAGCUGUGGCUCGUCAGCAUCCGAAGACCAGACCAGCGCCGCGGCAGUGCUCAGCCAGUACUGCAACCCCGACGCGACGGUCGCCUUCGCGACCCCGACGGCCAACAUCGUCACCAAAUAUGCCACUGACAUUGCCGAAUACUCCAACAUGGCGCCCUGCGCCCAGUCGGGCGUAUCGUACGCCCUGAGCUCGAUGACGUCCCUCUGCCCCGAGCCUGCGAGCCUCAUGGCGCCGUGUAUCUGCAGCAAGAACGACAACUCGGCGCGGGUUAGCCGGUCCAUCGCGUCGCUCGUCCGGUACUCGUGCUCUAACGCUGGCGACGUCACGUCCGGCCUCGCGUUCUACGAUGCGUACUGCGCCAUGAACAAGGGCACCACCGCUUUCCCGCAGCCGUCGCCGCCUCCCGGUGACAUGUCAUAUUACAUGACGGCCCUGUCCCAGUACAGCUCGCUGGCCCCGUGCGCGCAGUCGGGCAUCUCCAACGUCAUGUACUCGCUCACGAGGUACCAGUGUCCCGAGGGCCCCAAGGCGCUGGCGUCGUGCAUGUGUCUGAAGGACGGCGUCACGAACCUGGUGACGAGCACGAUGACGUCCAACGUUAAGUAUUACUGCUCCUCCACGGCGUCGGAGGACGUUUCCUCUGCCCUGGCCGUCUUGGACUUUUACUGCAAGGCCGCCAGGAACGAAGUGGUCGCGACGGUUGCCGAAUCGAUCGCCCAGACGUAUCCGACGGCCCAAGCCGGAACCGGGUCUGGAACAUCAGGGCCGCAGCCCUCCAGCACGAGCUCCAGCGCAGCCGGCGCCAGCCCCGGCGAGAACAACACGAGCUCUGGAGGACUGGGCAUCGCAGCCAUCGCCGGCGGAGUUGUUGCCGCCAUCGGCGCCAUCGCCAUUAUCGGCCUCGUCGCGGUUCUCAUCAAGCGCCGCAGGAAGAAGACACAGCCGAGGUUUCCGAUCUCCUCGACCAUCGGCCCGCCGGAGAUGACCGGGCCCCCCGAGCUAUGCGGGACGAUGUUGUCGACUCUGCCGCCCAAGAGCCCCCAGAUGAGCGUUUCCCACUCGGGGUCUCCCCGGUCGGACACGGUGUCUCCUGUCUCCAAGAACGGCGUCAGCAUGUUCACCCCGCCGCCGAUUGGCGCGGAACUCCACGGCCAGACGUUGCUACCACCUGAAAUGCCGGCCAACGGAAAUGAUCAGCCCCAUCGUCCGGGUCAUCAUAUGGCCUCUGAGCUGCAGGGUCAACAGGGAUAUCAUGGAGUUGCCCAGCACCAGCAAUACGGACAGAGCUUGCCAUCACCACACCAACCCCAGAGCGGAUACUCGCAGUACCACGGACACUCUCCAGUUGCUGAGGCUCACGGCCAAGCGAUCCAUCAGAUGCCGAGCGGGCCACAGCCCGUGUACCAGGUGCCGGGACAGCAGCGGGCGGAACUGCAGGGGAUGGGAUGGCACGCAGGGCCGACUCCAGGAUACUCCGAGAUGGAUGGAAGCCAGCCGCGUCGGUGA